AUGCCUUGCCCAUCAUGUAGCAGCAGUGAUGUGGUUCAUGAUGACGACGUCUUGGCGUGCCAAUCUUGCGGCGCAGUCUUGGAGGAUGCUUUCUUUCAAGACAACAAUUUCACUUCUGCUUCGAACAACAUUGAAUACUUUGUAAAGACAAAGAAAGCUCAGACUGGCAAGCAUAAAAGUGCCAAAGAAUGUGUCAACAAAAUAGCGGCUUAUUUUCAUAUCCCAGAGGAUCUCGCUACCAAAGCAAAGCAGCUCAUUCAACAGCACUCUACCAAACUCUCCAAUCGACACAGUAUGGAGUUGGCAUUGCUUGUUGUCUACUUGGUCGCUAGAGACUGGUUGUCUGCUUGGUCUGUAGACGAUUUCAUUGAAAACUUUCCUGUACCUGUUGACAGAUUCGAGGUUCAGCGCAUUCAAUUUAUAUUCGCUCGAGAAUCAGUGAUUUACAAGGAUAUACAAUGCAAAACAUCUCAUCAGGAACUGCAAAGGUUUCUGGUCACCAUUAUACCCCAUCUCAGAAAUCAGUUUGAUGGAUCCCCUAAAAUAUCAAAAACGACAUUGAUACGUCUAAAGCACAGAACAGAGGCUUUGAUCAAGAUGGGUGAUCAAUACUUGCUCAACACAGGGAGAAAGCUACGGCCCACCGUCAUUGUCGCAGCCAUAAUCUCGUAUGCCUCAAUCCUCAUCAGCAAUCCCAAGUUCAAAUAUUCAGGAAAGAUGAGUAUCUAUCUUGGUCGUCGUCUUGAAGUUUUUAGAAAAUGCUGCGCUUUUGGUCCUCGAAUUCUCAGGAUGAGAUUGCAGGAAUACACCGAUUUCUUAUUAGUUUGCGCGCAGAAUAUACCCUGGAUCAAGGAUCCCAAAGCCGAACAUGUGCACUACUAUCUGAGUGACAUUCUUGAUCUGUAUGCCAAAAAGGAGGGAGAAGAAGAGCCUUCACUCAAGCUCACUGACGAUCAAUAUUCCAUCAGUCUUUUAAAGAGGGGUGCUGAAUUGGCCAAAGAGUACGAAGUCAUGUUCCAAAAUGCUCAGCAACAUCUAGAUAAUGGCACCGAACCCGAAAAUCACGCAUCUCUAGGUUACUGCAUUUACAAUUUGAUGAAGAUGGGCUACGAAAAAGAGCAUUUGAUUGCUUGGUCAGAGAAAACCAUACGCGGCAUGUCUGAUUCCCUGAAUUAUCGAGCAAAAUACGGCAGAACGUUGAAUACAAAGCUGGACUUGGAUAGAAAGGAAUUGGAUGAUAAUGACAUGUUGGACUCUGAAGUUGAUCUUUACAUAAAAUAA